GAUACUUCCUUGUUGUCUAUAACGCCAUAUCGAAGGCUAGCUAGCAGCAGACUGGCAUGUCGACCAGAAUAAAAUUACGAUGCUGGGAUAUAUUACCUAUCCUGCUGUUGAUUGUUCCGGUAUCAAGAUCCGAAAAAAAUGUCGCUUUGGCGGGAACUGCAAAACAAUCGGCAAAUCAAGACGAUAGAUGGACAGCUGAUAAAGCAAUAGACAAUUGCAUCAAUCAAACGAUAUCAGGAACACCGCCUCAUUGUUGUGCUCAUACAGCUGACAAGAAUCACAAACAAGCCUGGUGGCGUGUGGAUUUAGGACAGAGAAGAACAAUACAAUACAUCACGAUAUACUACAGAAACAAUUCUAGACCAAGAUUUGGUGGAUACUCGCUCUCCGUGUCCAACUCUACCGACAACAUACAAGACAUUCUAUGUUAUCAGGAUAACAGUAGUAAGAAGGAAGAAGUAGACUUAAACCCGACUCACCUGUGUCCAUACGUAGCUCGGUAUGUGACUGUUUACAAUAACAGAGAGAGCCCAAAACGACACGACUGGUAUAGUGAUUAUCCUAUUCUGGAAUUAUGUGAAGUUCAGGUCUUAGGCUGCCAAAUCGGAAGUUAUGGUAACCACAGCUGUAAUGAUACUUGCCCAGAAAGCUGUUACGGGGGAAACUGUAACGCUAUAACAGGAUCCUGCUUCUAUUGUUUCCCUGGAAUGUUUGGUGUUUUCUGUGAACAGCAUUGCUCUGCUAACUGUAACAACACUUGCGAGAAAGAGUCAGGUCAUUGUAUAGGAUGCAAACCCGGAAAAAAGGGGGACCUGUGCAAUGCUAAAUGUUCCCCAAAUUGUGUAAUAUGCGAUCAGACGUCCGACCAAUGUUUCGUCUGUGUUAACGGAAAGUACGGAGACGACUGUGAGCAGGAUUGUUCUCACAACUGUAAGAACAGAUCGUGUAUGAAGGAAAAUGGAUAUUGUCUAGACUGUGUAAACGGAAAGUACGGGGACAUGUGUGACCAAGAUUGUUCUGACAACUGUAAAGACCAAUCAUGCAUGAAGGACAAUGGGUCCUGUCUCGAAUGCAUUUCUGGAAAAUAUGGUAAUGAUUGUACAAAUGAUUGCUCUGACGACUGUAAAGGCAAAACAUGCAUAAUGAGCAAUGGACAUUGUAUAGAAUGUGUUCCUGGCAAACAUGGUGAUGAUUGUACAACUGAUUGCUCUGACAACUGUAGAGACAAAACAUGUGUGAGGAGCAACGGACAUUGUAUAGAAUGUGUUCCUGGCAAACAUGGUGAUGAUUGUACAACUGAUUGCUCUGACAACUGUAGAGACAAAACAUGUGUGAGGAGCAACGGACAUUGUAUAGAAUGUGUCAAAGGAAAGCACAGUGACGUUUGUGACCUUAAUUGUUCUGACACAUGUAAAGAUAAAACAUGCUUGAAGGAAAAUGGAUUUUGUUUUGACUGUAUUCCUGGUAAAACAGGCGAACUGUGCACUUCCAACUGUUCUUCUAACUGUGUGACAUGUAACCAGACAUCCGAACAAUGUUUUGAUUGUGUAAAUGGAAAUUUCGGAGACAUGUGUGACCAAGAAUGUUCUGAAAACUGUAACGACAAAUUAUGCAUGAAGGACAGUGGCCAUUGUUUAGUAUGCACUCACGGAAAGUACGGCCCGUUCUGUACUUUUGCUUGUCCGGGUAAAUGCAAAGACAACAUUUGUCAACAAAUCAAUGGAUUAUGCACAGAAUGCGAAGAUGGUUUAUUUGGUGGAAACUGUAGCACACCAUGUGGAAAUUGCGAAAGAUGCACGAAGGACACAGGGUAUUGUUUGUCUGUCUGCGCUGCUGGAUACGAAGGGAAUACAUGUGAUAUGAAAACAAUGCCGUCAGAACCAAUCAGUAAUGCUGGGGCGAUCGUGGGCGUUGUUAUUGGACUACUUCUGGUGGCUGCUACAAUACUCAUCAGCGUGUUCCUGGUCAGAAGGCGCAGACAAAGGUAAAAAAAACAAGACUCAUUUGAUGAAAGGAGCAGACAAAAUGCGGCCCGGAGGUCACACCACA